GAAGAAGAAGAAGUCCUUUCAUUCUGACGCGAUCAACAACAACAACAAAAUUAAUAAUAAUUCAACUUAACAUGGAGGAAGAGGAACAAGCACGAGCGUUUUCCUUCUUGGCGUUACCAUGGGACGACAUAUUAGUUCCACAUAUUUUAUCCUAUUUACCUUUGACACAGCUCGUCACCUUGCAAAGAGUGAGCAAGCAGUUCCGCACGCUCAUCCGGCUCUUCUUCGCCAGAUGCAGGAGUUUUCAGCUAGUUGGACCUUGUCUUCCAAAGGAGGCUGUUCGCUCACUGUUGAAGGACAACAAGGUUGGACCUUGUAUUCCAAAGGAGGCCGUUCGCUCGCUGCUGAAGCACAGCAAAGUUCUUCGCAGGCUGUCACUUGAGAACUGCUCCUCCUGGCUGACGGACAAGGAGCUGCUGCCCGUCAUCAGCCAGAACCGGCGUCUGCUGACGGUGGACUUGAGCGGAUGCGUCGGCCUGACCCGCCGCUCGCUGGUCGCCGUGUCUUCGAACUGCGUACACCUGCGGCGGCUCGCCGUGGCCCGGUGCGACUUCGUGGACGGCCCGUUACUGCGCAGCCUGGCCGACCGCUGCGGGGCUCUGCGCUCGCUCGACCUCAGCGGCUGCUGCCGGCUGAAGGACGACGCCAUCUGCUACCUGGCCAGGAAGUGUGCGCGGUUAACCUUACUCUCUUUGGCUUUGAAUGAAAAGAUCACAGAUGAGUCUGUGGAGGAGGUGGCCAAGAACUGCAGGGGCCUCGAGCAUCUGGACAUCAGGUGCUGCCUGCGGGUCAGGGACCGGGCCAUCAGGACCGUUGCCGAGUACUGCCCCAUGCUGCAGUCCUUGAAGGUGAGACACUGCCCCGAUGUGACCGAGUCCAGCCUGGAGCUUCUGCGCAAGCGCAACGUGUUCGUUGACGUUCAUUCGCCACCGGGGAGGGAUGGACUGCUCGCCGUGCAUUAUGGUCCUUAUGUCAAUCUCCAGGAGGCAGUGAAUUUCCCGGCCAAUCAAGACUAACGCCAGCAGACAGGCGCAGGGCCGCGACGCUUUAACAAGGUAGAAUGCAAAGGUGCAGAGAACAUGGAAUUGCAACCGCUCCGCCGGAGUCAGCGGACGAGGUGUUAAUGCCGAAGAAAAUCAUACAUAAAUGUUGAGCAAUCCACGACGCGUGGGCCG